AUGGCUUCUUCCCCAGUAGACACAUCCUCGACUGUUGGCCUGGAGUUGCAGUCCUUCGAUUUCGUGGUAGUUGGGGGUGGAACGGCAGGAUUGGUUGUCGCCAGUCGUCUGACAGAAGACCCGAAUGUCAAAGUUCUCGUCCUCGAAGCUGGUAGCAACCGCGUUGAUGACCCUCGAAUUGCGGUGCCGGGCCUUGCUGCCAGCACUUACUUUGACCCUGAUUUCGACUGGUGCAUCACCAGCCCACCUCAGGAACAUCUCAACGGACGUCAAAUUGCGGAACCCAGAGGCCGUACACUGGGAGGCUCAUCAGCCAUUAACCUGGGCAUGGUCAUCUAUCCCAGCAAGAAAGACAUUGACGCUUGGGAACAAUUAGGGAACCCUGGCUGGAACUGGGACUCCAUAUCACACUAUCUUCGGAAAUCUCAGAAAUUCACACCCCCGACUCCUGCAAUCCGCGAACAACUCUCUCUGGAUUACCUAGAUGAGACACUCCAGGGGACUAGUGGCCCCAUUCAGGUCUCAUUCGGAGAAGGCCCGUUUCCUGCCUUCAAUGCUGCCUGGCCAAAGGUCUUCGAGAAUCUUAACCACAAGAUCACCAGUGACCCAAUCUCCGGAAUAGCCAAGGGAGCAUUCUGCAACCCAGGAACGAUCGAUCCAAAGACCAGGUCACGAAGCCAUGCUGGCGUUACCUACUAUAACCCCGAAGUCGCAAAACGUCCCAAUCUUCGCGUGGUUACCGAUGCAACAGUCGAGAAGAUAAUCCUGAAGGAAGCUGAUGGAACAGUCAUCGCCACAGGCGUCCAAUUCAAAGCAAAUGAUGGAGUCCAAAGGAUUGUUUCUGCUGGAGAGGAGGUUAUCCUUGCUGCAGGAGCUAUCAAGACGCCUCAACUGCUGGAACUAUCCGGGAUUGGAGGAUCGGAAUUGCUCAAGUCACAUGGCAUUGAAGUUGUGAUUGAUAACCCCAAUGUGGGAGAAAAUCUUCAAGAACACGGCUUCGUGCCAUUUAGCUGGGAGAUCGCCGAUGGCCAGCAGUCUGGUGAUGCCCUCCGCAUCCCUGAAGUAGCACAAGCCGCAAUGGCUGCCUGGCAGGAACAUUCUGGCGCUGGACCACUUGGUCUCUGUGCCAUUGCAUCUGCCUUCAUGCCACUCCCCGAGCUCCAGGACGGCGAGCUCAAAGGACUGAUCAAGAAAUAUCUUGAGGACUACAAGUACCCCAGCUUCCCCGGACAGGAGGCUCAAUAUCGCAUCUUACGCCAGAUUUUGGAGGACGAAUCCGAACCCACCGGUCAAUACACUCUGGCACCCUUCCAAAUCACCCCCGAAAAGGGCCCCAGCCCAAAGGGCAUAUAUGGAAUGUCAGAGCCAGAGAGCUUCAUUAGUAUCGUUUCAGUGCUUAACCGCCCCUUCUCUCGCGGCAAUGUCCACCUGGCUUCCAAUGACCCCUAUGCCUCUCCUGUGUUUGAUCCGAAGUUCUUCUCACACCCUCUCGAUCUUGAACUCCACGCUCGACACACGAAAUGGUUAGAGACGCUGGCUUUCACAGAGCCAAUGGGCUCCUUACUCAAGAAGAAUGGCCGUCGUCUUCACAGCGACAAGCCUGUCAAUGAUCUGGACAGAGCACGGGAGCUCACCAGGGAUCGUAUCAUUGCUCAUUACCACGUCUGCGGAACAGCCGCCAUGAUGCCCCGUGAGCAGGGAGGUGUCGUCGAUGACCGAUUGAAAGUCUACGGCACGAGCAACGUUAGAGUUGUCGACGCCAGUGUCAUGCCGCUGAUUCCCAGAGGCAACAUCCAGGCCAUCGUUUACGCCGUCGCUGAGAAAGCAGCCGAUAUCAUCAAGGAACAACUGCAGAAGAGGAAGUCUGGUUGA